GGGUGGUGUUAAUCUCAAGCAAGAGAAUCCCAUCACUUUCUCUGUACUAAUACCCCGGCGCAACAACCGCUUCUUCAUGUGCUUUCUCUCUACAAAUAUCCUUCUCCUUCUCUCUCUCUCUCUCUGAUCUUCUUGUUUCAUAUCCAAAAUGGGAAUUUGCUUGAGCAACACAAACACCAUAGUACAGGCUGAGAUAGCUGAAGAAACAGAGUCAUUUGCAGAAACAGAGUCAUUUGCAGAAACAGAGUCAUUUGUAGAAACAGAGUCAUUAGCAGGAACAGAGUCAUUUGCAGAAGCAGAGGAUGAUGGGAAGAAGAAGAGGAGGGGGAAGAAGAAGAAGAAGAUGGUGAGAUUCAAACUCCAAGAAGAUGAAAGUGGUGGUAGAGGAAGUGGUGAUGAUCGUGGGGAUUCUGGAAGUGGGGUUGUCAGGAUUCGGGUGAUGGUGACCCUUGAAGAGUUGAAACAAAUACUGGAUUGUAAGGACAGCUUCAAGCAGGCUUCUGUGGAGCAAUUGGUGAAUGCAAUGAAGUUGAGAGGGAGGAGGAUUUCUGCUGAAGUUAGAACAAGUGAUGAGGGAGAAGAGAAUGGUUGGAGGCCAGCUUUGGAGAGCAUUCCAGAGGACCCUUAACGAUGAUCAACUAGUUUCAGUUUGUCACUAACAAGUUUUCUCUCUCUCUCUCUCUCUCUCUCUCUCUCCCUCUCUCUCAUAUCUGUGAGUUGUAAACAAUUUUCUUUGUAUAUGAUGCAGACUUUGAUCACCAUAUCAUUGUACUAGUUUGCAGUUACGACUAAUUGGAUUAUGUAGAUCAAUAAAUGGUUUGUGGUUUAGAGUGCGAUUUUAAAUCAAAUCGCAGAAAACGUAGAAAGAUUUGUCUUUUUUGUUCUACGUUUUGAAAUUGCAAACCCAAACAGAUUUUUAGUGUGGUUGUAUGCAAAAACAUUUAAUGUAAAAAGUUUUCUUUCAGCUAUAUGUUGUUGUGCAUCAGCUUCUUUCUCUAAUGAAACGCAUAUCCAUGCCCAAAGUGCAAGAACUUUCAAUGUGCUUUGAUUCUUGUUCUCAUCCUUUUCUGUGAAUUCUCUCGUUGAGUUUGAUGUUCGGGUGGUUGUGAUUUGAUUUUACAAGGUAUCAAACACCGUCCAACUUAACGAGAGCUUGAGGAUUGGGGUGUUGCAGAGGAGCUCCCUGAUUUGGGAACAGACAGCUCUAGCUCUAUGAUUGAAGAAUAAGAUCCUCCAAGUUAAA